CGCAACGCGAUCUUCUUCAAUUGCCACCUCCUGAUUCAACAAUUUCCCAAAGGCACUUUGGUGUUUUGUGAAUGUUUGAUGUUUUUCUCAUUUUGAAAAUUGAUUUACACGGAUUGUUUGAUAAGCAUUGCCAAGAGGACAAGAGACAUAUCAAGAGAUGUGGCUAAGUCAACGACCAGAUCAGAUUACGAAGCUAAGAAUUUGCUACCGGGAAGUUUGUGCUACGUACGCCCUCAUAGAGUCUUGAGAUAGACGUCCGGAUGACCUUAACUGUGGUCCAAGCUGAUCGCCAAACCGCUUCAACGUCCAGAUGCCGUUCUUGAUGUCAACCAGUCAUCGUUUGUUCAACAAUCUAAUUGGCAACUCACUCGGAUCUUCCCUGGGAUCAACUUAGAUUUGACGUGGUUUCCAAGUUCUUUCUCUUCUCGGUAAUUCAAUACUUGAGCAUGACGAAGCCACGACUGAAGAUUACCCGUUGUCGAUACGUAUCCCUUGAGAACUACCCAUAAUUACAAUCAAGCAGCCAGUGAUUCAUCCGAAGUAUGAGUCGUGUGGGUUUCUCAUGAUUUGAGGAUUCAGGGAUCUUGGGAUACACUUCACCAUCGAAGCCUCGGGAACCAUGUCAUGAACCAUCCUGUCAUCUCAUCUAUCUGCCACUUCACGGAUGGAUCCCUCCACCCACUUUGACACACUUACACAUGCCUUGAAAGGCUUGACAUGGUCUCUCUUACAUGAGGCUAUUCCGGCAACAGGCUCGAAUUGGUCAGACUAACGGUCUUGGUCCUCCUGAUGCCCAGGACGCGCGUUCUAUGGGCGAGCAAUGGGGCCUCCGCUCCUAUAUGCGAGACAUGUUCAGCCUUUUGAAACAGAGACUGGACGACAGAAGCAGGGACCUCAAACCCCAGACGCUACCCAUUUAA